AUUUAUUUAGCUUUUCAUCUUGUUUAGAGUUAAGGAAAAAUAACGAAAUGAUUUUGGACUUUUUUGUAGAUCUUAAAAGUUCAUGAUACUUCAGUUUCAUAUUAGAUGAUUUAAAAUCGUAAAUACAACUUUAGUUUGAUAGGUUUUCUCUUAUAUCAUUUAAAUAUUGGUGGUUAGCAUUUGAUAAGUUUUAAAAUCAUUUGUCAAGGAACUAGAAUCUGAAUGAAGUGGGAACAUGGUGUAGAUUCUCUUUGCAUCUUUUCAUAAAAGGUUUCAUUAGUACUAUUAUCUUUCUUUAGAAUAAUAUAAUACCACGGAUGAAAAAGAGGUUGGGCAAAUAAGGCAAAGAAUAGCCUUGUCGGAGAGGCCAGUGUCCUAAGAGUAAAUGCUAAACCUUAAGUCCUCGGCUUGCGGCUUGAAGCUUUCUAAAGCAACUUCACCGCCUCAACAUUGAAUCCUUAUCAACCUCUACAUUUUAUUUCUUAUAAACCCUGGUCCAGAGACCUCCCAGCCAAAACCAUAUUUUCUGAAAUCUUAAACUUCAGUACGAUAAUGGGAAGAUCACCAAUGGUUCCCAUGGCUGUUCUUGUUUAUGUUUCUCUACUGUUCUCUGUUUCUUAUUCCUCCACGUUCGUCAUCACGAAUAACUGUCCCUUUACUAUUUGGCCUGGUACUCUUUCAGGCUCUGGCACCCAACCACUACCCACCACGGGGUUCAGGCUUGACGUGGGACAGUCUGUUAAGAUUCCCUCGGUUCUAGGCUGGUCAGGUCGGAUAUGGGCUAGAACCGGCUGCAACUUUGAUGCUAACGGCGCGGGAAAAUGUAUAACCGGAGACUGCGGUGGGAAACUGGAGUGUGCUGGUAAUGGUGCUGCUCCUCCCACAUCACUCUUCGAGAUUACGCUCGGUCACGGUUCUGGCGACAAAGAUUUCUACGAUGUCAGUCUCGUUGAUGGGUAUAACCUCCCCAUAGUUGCUAUCCCAACAGGCGGUGGACUGGUUGGAGCUUGUAAUGCUACAGGAUGUGUUGCUGAUAUCAACAUUAGCUGUCCAAAGGAGCUUCAAGUGAUGGGAGAGGGAGAGAAAGAAAGAGGAGGAGUUGUCGCUUGCAAGAGCGCUUGUGAGGCCUUUGGAUUAGACCAGUACUGCUGCAGCGGUCAGUUUGCUAACCCAAACACAUGCCGGCCGUCUUCAUACUCUACCGUCUUCAAGAGAGCUUGUCCUAGAGCUUAUAGCUAUGCCUUUGAUGAUGGAAGCAGUACUUUCACUUGCAAGGCUUCUGAAUAUGCCAUUAUCUUCUGCCCUGGCAGGGUAAAAAGACCAAGCAGCCAAAACUCGGAUCCCCCUAGCCAGCCUCAGAAUCCAUACGGACAACCUAUGGCUCCUCCGACUCAGAAUCCCUCUAUGGCUCCUCCAACUCAGAAUCCAUACGGUCAACCUAUGACUCCACCAACUCAGAAUCCAUACGGUCAACCUAUGGCUCCACCAACUCAGAAUCAGAACCCGCCUGGACCAAACCAGAAUCCGAUGACUCCACCACCUCAGAAACAGAAUGGGAAUGGGCAGUUUAUGAUGCCUCCUCCCACUGUAAACCAAGCUCCAAAUGACCAGUUUAUGAAUUCGCCAAUGGAGGAUGAGAGUCAAAGAGCUGAAACUGGGAGGGUUGCCAAGAGUCAAUCCUCGUCUGACAUUCUUCGACCUUACCCUGUCUUGUUGCUUCUUGGCCUCAGUCUAAUUGCUUUGGGACAAUCGUGCACGACAUGAAUCAACACUGUUCUUCCUUUUUAAUGGGAAUUAGUACAUAAGCAACUUCAUUGUCUUCCCAGAGAUUCUGAAACUUUAUUGAUCAAAGUCCUUUUUAUUACCUUGAA